GCUAAGAGGACAGCAACCAGUGGUGUGAAAAGUAGGCACUUUCAAGGACUAGAAAAGCCCAGGAGCUUGGUGAGAAGCCAGGAAGGGUGCUGCGGGAUAAUACUGGAGAAGUGGGUGUCGCCAGAGCCCGGAAUGCCAGAAAUGCACCAGUUUUAACAAGAUGUAGUGCUGCAACGUGCCUGAUGGGAUAUGUUCAGUCAUGGCAUCCGAACUUUGUAAGACGAUUUCUGUGGCAAGGCUGGAAAAGCACAAGAAUUUGUUCUUAAAUUAUAGAAAUCUGCACCAUUUCCCACUGGAGUUACUGAAGGAUGAGGGACUACAGUACUUGGAGAGGCUCUAUAUGAAAAGGAACUCCCUUACAACCUUGCCAGAAAACCUUGCUCAGAAGCUUCCAAACCUUGUGGAACUGUACCUUCAUUCAAAUAACAUAGUUGUGGUUCCAGAAGCCAUUGGAUCCCUUGUAAAACUCCAGUGUUUAGAUCUUAGUGACAAUGCCUUAGAAAUUGUCUGCCCAGAAAUUGGUCGUCUGAGAGCUUUACGUCAUCUCCGAUUAGCUAAUAACCAACUGCAAUUCCUACCUCCAGAGGUUGGCGAUUUGAAGGAGCUGCAGACACUAGACAUUUCUACCAAUCGUUUGCUAACUUUACCCGAGAGGCUUCACCUGUGCCUUUCUCUGCAGUACCUCACCGUGGACCGAAACCGUCUAUGGUGUGUGCCGCGCCAUCUCUGCCAGCUGCCCAGCCUCAAUGAACUCUCCAUGGCUGGAAACCGUCUUGCAUUUUUGCCGCUCGAUUUAGGUCGCUCUCGAGAACUACAGUAUGUGUACGUGGAUAACAACAUUCAUCUGAAAGGAUUGCCAUCCUAUCUGUACAAUAAAGUCAUCGGGUGCAGUGGCUGUGGUGCUCCCAUUCAAGUUUCCGAAGUGAAGCUGCUUUCCUUUUCAUCAGGGCAAUUAACCGUUUUCCUCCCAGCUGAGGUGAAGGCCAUCGGGACAGAGAAUGACCGUGUCCUGCCCCUGCAAGAGCUGGCCAUGAGGAGCCUGCAUCACACCUACCAGAGUUUUCUAAAAGAUUUGAACUUUCUGUCUCCGAUCUCCUUGCCCAGAAGUCUCCUGGAGCUGCUACACUGUCCCCUGGGGCACUGUCACCGCUGCAGCGAGCCCAUGUUUACGAUUGUCUACCCCAAGCUCUUUCCCCUGAGAGAGACGCCGAUGGCAGGGCUACACCAGGGGAGGACAACUGUUAGUUUUGUGGCUUACUGCUGCUCCACCCAGUGUCUGCAGACUUUUGACCUACUAAGUUGACAAACAUCGAGAGCCCCAGGAGUGCUGCCAGCUUGACACUGUAGUCCCCUGCCAAGGUGCACUGUGCAGCAGAGGGUCAGAAGAGUCCAGAACCAGGCCAGCAACCAGCCCUUCCAUCACGUCCUGUGAGACGCAGGGACUACAGAACUCUCUGGAAAUGUCACGGUUGAGCUACGGAGCUGAAACACCGUCUCCCUUCCCCCAAGUUGGAAUAUAUCCUCCCCAAAAUUAAGCCCCAUUUGUCUUCUGUGUUUUUCUUUUAUGUGUGCAUGUCCCAUAUGCAAACUGUUUAGUUAGAUUUGCCUCCCCAAAUCUAAUUUAAAUCAAGUUUGAAUUCCCCAAAGACUAUAAUCUGAUAAUAUAAUCAAAUUAACUUCUGAACACAUACCUUCAACGAUACUUCUAAUCUCCUCUCUCUUUUUCCCCCCAGAGAAUUAUAUCCCCAGAGGUUGUUUUCCUUAUUUUUAAUGAAUUCAGGAAACUCAGUGGCCUCAAUAGUAUUGAAUAACAGGGGCGCCCUCUCACAGUGACAGCCCUGUUUAUCACUUUUGCAACAUAUUAAGACACGUUUGUGAAGGGUUUUAAAAAUAAAAUGUAGAUUGUAAAUGAAAUACACUCAUUUUAAGUCUUUACAGAAAAAUAAUUUUUGAGAUGUUUUCUUUCCUGAUUGGACAUUUUAUGUGAGAAGAGUUUGCAGAUCAUUUGAGGCUUUAAAAUAUCCGAUCAUUUUGUUUCUAGCUUUAAAGAUCUUCUGGAUAAUGAGAAAGGGGAGAAAAACACAUGACCUCCAGCGUCUCUGGUUAGAUGGGGUUAUAAGUGAAUUUACAUGGACUUUGAAAUAUUUUUGUUUAAUAUGUGAGCAACUGGCUCCAGCUCUUCUGCUGCGUUUUUAGCAGGUUGGUUCUAAGUUUAGCCUGUGGGCAUUUAUUUAAACACCUGGUACAUUAGAUUAUCUGCAUUUUGACCCUGGAUUUCUUAUGUACUUAACACAGUUUUAUCCAUAUCCAAUGAGAAAAUACAGAAAAAGCAGGUCCAAAUCCAGCCUUCAACUUCUGCAAUGAAAAGACCAUAAAUGGAAAGUCUCUGGAUUACACUUGGACAGAAAAAAUGCUCUUAAUGAAGGAGUCACAUAUUUGCUCUUCCUUUGAGAGGAUGGCAUUUUAAUGUUGCUUUGCUGCCAGAUGUUCAUCUAAUUGCUGUGAAAGUAUUUUUUUUUUUUAAUGAUAGAGUUUUCUGUAAAGCAGGACAAAAAGGAGAGCCAAGGAAAGUUUGCUUGGUAGGAAAAUGAUUUUAAAGAAAUUUCAGACUUGUCAAAACUUUGGUUUAUGGAAUUUUAUUAGCUGCCCUAAAUCUGUAAUGGGAGGCUAAAAAUCCUCCACAGUUACUGACGAAUGUGUGAUCUUUUCACAGUCACACCACCUGCUGCCCAGAAAGCAGACUAUCCACAUAGAGUGGGGAAGGCAGAGCUGUGCCGGCUGUUCCAACUGUAUUUUCACUGUUCUUCCUUCCUCUUGUCCCUUUCAUAACUUGGCCUGUUCAGCCUUAACAUUUCAAAGGCUUGUAGCAUAAUAGGAACUGAAGAUCUAUAUCAAAAUAUAACCCUUCUUUCAUCCUUUGGAAUAAUUGAAGUUUUCGUGUAACCUCUACAUGUAUAUAAGUUGGCAGGUGAAAAAUGUGGCAUGAAACUUCACAAAUGUGAUUCAGGCCUAAGUGGCUGUUACCGAUCAAAUUUAAAUGUGUCGCAGUGUUUUUCUGUUCAAACUUCUACAAUCCUGUCUCUUAAAAUGGAGCCAAGAGAUACACUGACCUGAUAUUUCAGGGUUCUCAUUGAGAUAAGGAUAUGUAAUACUUUCGUUUUAACUCCUUUGAAGUUUUACAAAGACUUACAAUCUAAGAAUCCUCUCUGCACCUACAGUAAACUACUGUUCCUUGAACGCCAGCAGUGGGCUGGACAGACACCCUUGAGGCCAUUUCAGCCUCAGUCCUUGGGCAACACCCGCUUAACCGAUGAGCUUGAUUUGUCUUCCCUGGUGCUGUUCAUUAUAAAAAAUCUGUACUAGAUUCACCGGUGUCAUUCUUAACCUUCUGAUAUUAUCGAGGAGUGUGGUAGACUGGAGAAAAUUUGCCCAGAUGCUAUGUAUCUGAAUUAUGUCCAGAGCUUUGCAGAAGAGCUAAUUCUAAAGUUAUUAUAAAUAUUAUUUUCUUGAGCAACAAGGAUGCUAGGUCAAAAAAUAUUUCAUCCAAGUAUAGUAGUAAAAAAAAAAACAAGCCCCUUGGAAAAUACAGUCUGUUAAGGUAAGUUGAUACCAAGAAUCUGAUGUGUGGUUAGUGGUAAAAUUUUAAAUCCAAGAUACCUGUGUUGGGCACAGGUCUUCUGUGGUAUAAAGGAGUUCCAUCUUAAGUGGUUACCCUCACAUUUUUCUUCAGAAUGCCUAACUGCUGUCAUAAAAGAUUCUUACGUAACAUUGUGUAGAUGAAAUGCUACAUCUUCAAUGAAUAAAAAAAAAUAUUUUGAGCACACUUAGAAAACCUUUUUUAAUGAUGAAUGAAUGCACGAAAGGAAAAAAGGUUGGUUAACUGGUUAACAGAGCAGAGUGAUGGAAACCUUUGUCCUUGUUAGUAGGCCCUCUUCUGGAGAAGCAAGGUUUACAUUAUACAUCUUUUGUCGGGAUACUCAACACUAACCAAAACCUUUCACACUCUGACUUGUCUGACUUGUUUAAUCUACAUCUCACUUUUCAUCCACAUUUAGCAUUUUCUUCCACAUUUAUAGCAUUACGAAUUAAAAGGGCUGCUGAGACUUUGCGUGUAGUUUUCCCCAAAAUAAAUACCUAUUUUGUAUUGUCUAGGGACAUUUCAAAGCAAAUUUUUAAAAUUACUAGUGGUAAAACUAAAUUUCUGCUUCCUGAAUUGAAAAAUCAGAUGCUUCAGUCUUCACUGUAGAAGGUUUAAACAUGAUAACAUUGCUUUAACAGAAAUCAAAACACUUUUAUUCAGAUGAUUUAUGAACAUGGAUUCCUAAGCUGGACCAGCACUAAUGCAACCUGAGGUAACUGAAUAUUGAUAUGUAAAUUCAUUUCACAGACUUUAAACACAGUCUCUUUAGGAAUCUUUUUUUAAAAUGUAUCCUUACAUAACCCGAGUCAUUUUAUCAUGCUCGUCUUACUUUUGUGGCUUCCACAAACUCCUGCUUUCUCCCUAUGAGGCUCUCCUGCAUUCCCCAAGAAUUAAGUGAGUAUCUUUUCUUCUCUUAAACAGAAGGAUUUCUGUAAAAUGUGUGUUCGUGAAAACAACUUUAUUUCUCUCUAAAAAUCAUACAAGUCUCACCUCCCUAGCCAGGAAGUAACUCUCUGUGUCAUCUGAAAAUGGACCAAGUGUCUCUAGGCAAAGAGUUGAACAUAGAUGAGUGGCUGUUGUCCUUGGUAAGGAAAACAGAUGACUUCACAGCCUAGGAUGUUCUCUCUGAAGCAUGACUAUGUGGGCCCUUGUACUUAAGAGACAGAAAAGUACUGGCAGCCCAGGGUGGUGUCUGGGCAGGAGGUGCAACAUUUGGAGAUGGUUUCUGGAUUAAAUGUGAGGUUUGCAAGUGUUGGCCAGUGUUGGUCAUGUUUAAUUUGUCUUAUUCACCUUACAGUAGAGUGAAAAUUAUCCUUGCUACCUAUAUUAAAGAUUCUAUCAGAUCUUGUUUCUCAUAGUGAUUUUAAGACUAUAAUCAGUAUUUUUCCUUUUUUUCCUUUUUUUGGGGGUAUAAAGAAAGGAUUUUCUGAAACUCCAUCUGCUUAAAAACGCAUGGCGACAUUCACUUGGGAUAUUUCCUAAAGCUCCAGUUUGGUUGUUCUUGUAACUACCACUUUUUAUAGAAUAGUUCAGCUUGAACCAUGUGAGUGCAUAGCAAUGUUAAUGGUGCUAUUAGCUUCAUUGUUUUCACCAAAUUUAUUUUUUCUUUUUUUCAAAAAAGGUCAUUAAAUGCUUAAAGCCAGCAGAUCUUAUGGAGUAAGGACUUCCUAAGAUUCUCCCCUCCAUAAAAACGAGAAGAAAAUUGAUUAAAAACUGUCAAAAACAACUUUUUUCAAAGUUCUCAAAAUUAACCAAAGGUUUGCAGCAAUCCAGAGCAUUAAUUUAAGAGAAAUGAAUGAAGUUCAGAACAGUGAGCUCUGUGAUAUUUUAACUUGCCCUUACUGCCAUUUUAACACCUUAAAGCUAUUCCUAAUUCUUUUUGUUGUUAUUGUAAGUGGAAUUGUUUCUUUAAUUUCCCUUUUGGAUUGUUCACUGUACGUAUAUAAAACUCAACUAGUUUUUAAAAUAUUAAUCCUGUGUUCUACAAACUUGACCUUUUAUUAGCUCUGAUAGUUUGUGGAUUUCUUAGGCUCUUCUGUAUACACAACAUCAUCUAAAAAUACAGUUUUAUUUCUUU